AUGCAGGCAAAAUUAUGCCUCAACAAAGAGAGCAUUGUGUCGAUGUUAGAGGCUAGGGGGACAAUUGAGUAUAUUGCUCCAGAAGUAUUUAUGCGAAACUUCGAAAAAGUUUCACAUAAGUCUGAUGUUUACAGCUACGGAAUGAUGAUCCUAGAGAUGGUUGGAGGAAGAAAGAGCCAAGAUAUUGAAGGUGCUCUUCAUUCCAGUGAAAAGUAUUUUCCGCAUUGGAUUUAUAAGCAUGUUGAGCAAGGCAAAGAGUUAAAAUGGCAUGGGGCUAACAAUAGUGAGGAAAAUGAAAUUGCGAAGAAGAUGAUUAUUGUUGGCUUAUGGUGCAUACAAACACGACCAUCGAAUAGGCCAUCCAUAAAUAAGGUAUUAGACUUGUUACAUGCAAUUGUUGACUCAAAAUUUGAGGCCUGUGAACCCAAAACUUGCGUCCACCUCAUUAUAAAGUACCCCUUUUGGAUUUCCGGUGAGCAGGAGUCUUUCUGCGGCUAUCCCAAUUUUGAAAUCACCUGCAAUGACCAAAAAUCUGUGUUCAACAUUUCAUCUGAAGACAUCAUCAAAGAUAUCUUCUAUGAAAAUAGCUCACUUCGUUUAGCCAAUUCGAUAGCCUAUGAGGACUCAUGUCCAACUCCUCUUUACAAUUUUUCUCUUAAUCGAACUCCAUUCAGUUUUUUCUCCUCUGAUGAAGAUCUUUCCUUCUGGUACAAUUGCCCCGAGAACCCACCUGCAGGCAUUGCUUAUCCUUUAGACUGUGCAAGUGAUGAUGAUUCUCACUACUAUUCUUUUGCUGGUUUCGGCGAGGAAUUGUUUAAGAAUUAUUCCUGCAAGUCCUUCGUUUACGCCUCCCUGAAUGUCGAAACCGGCGCCGAUCUGUGGGAAAUGAAUAACACUGAAAUUCUGAAGAUGGGGUUCCUCUUGAAUUGGACUGCACAUAGUUGCAGCAAUUGUGAGGCCAGUGGUGGGCGAUGUGGGUUCGAUAAUGAUCAAUUCGUUUGCUUUGCCAAGAUAAAACUCAUCACAAAACAUGCCAUGAUAGUAAAUUUAUCAGAAAUUUAUUCGUGUUUCUUGUUUCUUCUAUCCAUGUUCUUGAUUAUUUGCAUGAACUUAUAAAUUUAUUCUAA